AUGAUUCUUUUUUUUCUGGAAAUCAUUAAAACUAUAACUGUCUACGGAUUCACAAAUGUGACUCUUCUUAACGGAGGUUUAGAUGCUUGGAAGGCUGCUGGAGGUUCAACGAAUCAAGAAACCGUGAAGCCCCAACUCGGAAAUGUUGACAUCCGAUCAUUGAAUUCUGAAAUCUUGGCCAACUUUGAAGAUAUUCCAUUCAACCAUCUUGCCGAGAAACACGCUGAUUACAUAGACGCCAGAAUCCCAUCUCAAUUCACUGGACAAGAUCCUCUCUCUGCCACAUACCCAGGAACAAAAGCGAAGGGAUCCCAUGUAACUGGAGCUAUCAACUUCCCAAUGGCUGACGUUAUCGGUCCAAAUGGUUUUUUGAGUCAAGAAGAAGUGGAUGCGAAGAUCGCUAAGCUCGGAUUGACAGCUGGAAAUCAAAUCUACGUGGCAUGCAACACUGGAAUCCAGGCAUCUGUCAUUUUUACAGCAUUAGAGAGAAGUGGAAUCAAAGCGAAACUAUACAAUGGAAGCAUGACAGAGUUGGCUUAUCGUGCACCGGAACUUGUCAAUGCCACUGGAAAGUAA